AUGGUGCUGGAUAUGAAGUUGUUGGUGAUGGUGAUGAAGAAGGGUCCUGGUGGUGGAGAUGUUGAUGAUGGUGAUGGGCCUGAAGGUGAUGGUGAUGAAGAAGGUCAUGGUGGUGGAGAUGUUGAUGAUGGUGAGGAAAACCAGGGUGAUGAUGAAGGACAUCAGGUUGUCCCAAUGGUUAGGAGGAGAACAAGGAAAACUUCUGAGAGGAUUACCAAGAUAAAGCUAAGGAAGGGUGUCUAUGACAAAGAUGGUGGUGGUUCUUCUUCUGUAAAGCCAAUCAACUUGGAGUAG